AUAUUCGCAUUCAUAAUGUCGUGUAUUAGCGGUGCACCAUGCUUGUAUCCAACAACUGGCAAUGCUGUAUCGACCUUCGCAUCAGCACUGCAGUACUUCGCGGCAGCACAAUGUCUCCUUACUCCUGAAUUGCUUCCAGAGGCUUCUGUAAAAAACUUUGAAAGUUUCGACUUCAUUAUAGUCGGGGCAGGGUCGGCAGGAAGUGUGGUUGCUAACAGACUAAGUGAAAAUAAGAAAUGGAAUGUAUUACUGAUAGAAGCAGGAGGCGAUGCGCCUAUUGAAGCCAAUGUCCCAGGUUUGGAAUCCAAUUUGUUUAACACUACUUAUGAUUGGAAAUAUUUAACUGUAAACAAUGGAAGAACAAGUCAGAGCCUCAUAAAUGGCUCCGUGGGUUGGAUAAGAGGAAAAAUGCUUGGUGGCUGCAGUAGCAUCAACGCCAUGUUUUACGUGCAAGGAAAUAGCGCAGACUAUCAAAGGUGGUAUGACGCAGGAAAUAAGGAAUGGAGCGUUAAUGAAGUACGUCGAUGUUUUAGAAAAUCAGAGAGUCUUCAAAAUGAUGAAAUGCUGAGUGAUCCUAAAAUCAGAGCACACUACGGGCACAAUGGACCACUCGUUAUCAAUAAAUUCAACAGCACUUUUAGAAGGUAUACAGAUAAAGUUAUGGAAGCUUGGGAAGAAAUUGGUUUUAGAAACGUUCCGGAUCUUAAUAUAGAAAAUGUCAUGACUUCUGGCCUUAUCCCCGGUACAGCAGCUAACGGUGUCAGGCAAAGUACAGACAGAGCUUUUUUACUACCAAUUGCUGGAAGAACGAACAUCAAAAUAUUGAAAAGAUCUCUGGUUACAAAAGUAUUAGUAACUAAGGAAUUAAAAGCAUAUGGUAUUGAAAUGGAAAAAGAUGGCAAGAAAUAUACGUUUUACGCAACUCGAGAAGUCGUAGUAAGCGCUGGUGCAAUUGCUUCACCACAGUUACUGAUGCUAUCUGGUAUAGGGCCUGUUGAGCAUUUACGAGAAAAGAAAAUUCCUUGCGUCGUUAAUUCGCCUAAAGUGGGACAAGAUCUUCAGGAUCACUGCGUCGUGCCCGUAUUCAUUCACGGUGAUGUACCUGACGAGGUUUCAGUACCUGAUACACACUACGACAACUUGAACUAUCUAGUUAAUCGCCAAGGUCCUCUAGCCCAAAGCGAUUUGACGACCGACGCAAUGGCAUUUUACUCAACAGAUAAAAAUGCUUCGUAUUCAAACUGUCAAACAAGUCUCACGAUUUUUCCAAAAAAUAAGUCGUUAUUAUCAGAUACUAUUACAAAAACUUUCCGAUACAAGGAAAAUGUUGUAGAUUCUAUAGUAGAAGCAAACAAAAAUCAUGCUACGUACUUAUUAAUUUACAAUCUUUUGCAUCCAGAAUCCAAAGGAAAUAUUUCGCUAAGUUCGAACAAUCCUAAAGAUUCUCCUCUUAUUCAUCCAAACUACUUAUCUGAUCCUAGAGAUUUAGAAACUGUUGUUAAGGGACUGAAAAUGGCAACCAAAAUAGUCAACACCAAGUACUUCAAAUCUAUCGGAGGUUUCUUGGGAAGACUGAACAUUCCCGCUUGCAAUAAAUUCUUCUUAGAUAGUGAAGAAUAUUGGAGAUGCGUAAGUAUUAAUUUAGUGUCUACACUGUGGCACCCUGUCAGGACAUGUCAGAUGGGGACAGACAUCGGCAACUCGGUGGUGGACAGCCGGUUAAGAGUACAUGGAGUCAAAGGAUUACGUGUGGUUGACGCAAGUGUGAUGCCUAAUACCGUCAGUGGUAACACUAACGCCGCAUCCAUCAUGAUCGGAGAAAGAGGUUCGGAACUUAUCAUUGAAGAUAACACUAAAUGUGGACUUAAAUGUAUAAGUGAAAAAAUCAUUAGCGAAAUUUUGGAACAUAGGGAAUCCAAUAUUAAUAGAAUUUAAGACCUAUUAAAAACACAUAAUGUAAUCAUUUCAACAGAUCAGCUUGAUUCAGUACUACUUUCAAAUGAAACUACUUUUACGGAUUUUAUCGCGGUUUAAUUUUAGAUUUUAGUUCAGUCCU